AUGAGUGCCAGGGCGCCCAAGGAGCUGAGGCUGGCGUUGCCGCCGUGUCUCCUCAACCGGACCUUUGCUUCCCCCAACGCCAGCGGCAGCGGCAACGCGAGUGCCCGUGGCCCGGGCGCAGGCGGUGGCGGCACCUGCAUCACGCAGGUGGGACAGCAGCUCUUCCAGUCCUUCUCCUCCACGCUGGUGCUGAUUGUCCUGGUCACCCUCAUCUUCUGCCUCAUCGUGCUGUCCCUCUCCACCUUCCACAUCCACAAGCGUCGGAUGAAGAAGCGGAAGAUGCAGAGGGCUCAGGAGGAAUACGAGCGGGAUCAUUGCAGCGGCAACCGUGGCGGCAGGGGGCUGCCCCAGGCGGGCCGCCAGGCCCCAACCCAAGCAAAAGAAACCCGGCUGGAGAGGCAGCCCCGGGACUCAGCCUUCUGCGCUCCCUCCAACACCUCCUCCUUCUCUUCGUCCCCUGGCAUCCCGUGCCAGGGUCCCUGUGCUCCUCCGCCUCCACCACCGGCCCCCAGUCCGCAAGGAGCACACGAAGCCUCCUCCUGUUUGGACACAGCUGGCGAGGGCCUUUUGCAAACGGUGGUACUGUCCUGA